AUGGAGCAGGAGAUUGUGACUGGAUUGAUACGGUUUGUGUCGAGAGCGUUUUACGGGAAACAGUACGUCCUAAUCUUGGAUGCCCUGCUCGUCCAUUCUGUCCUCUCUGAAGACGACUUGAUCUUCCUUCUAAACAUCCAGAGGAAAAACCUCAGAGCCUUGUGUAACAAACUGGUUGAGGACCGGUUUGCAGUGUCGCAUGUCCAAAAGGAAGAAGGUCCACAGCAAAGAUUGAUCACGCGAACAUACUUCUAUAUUCACCACAUAGAGGCAAUCGAUGCCAUCAAGUGGAAGAUGCACACGAUCGUGAAAAUGCUCACAGACGAGAUGUCACAUGACAGUGAUCCACAGGGAUACAUAUGUCCCACAUGCAGAACAAAAUACUCUCAAUUGGAUGCCAUAUCGAUGUUGAGUGAAGACAAGAUGAACUUCCUGUGUGAUCUGUGUGGUGACAUUCUGAUUGAAGACGAUACCGGAAUUCAGGCCAAGAAGAGGCAGGAGAAGCUCUCCAAGCUGAUGAGUCAGCUGGAUCCGGUUAUCACAUAUUUGAAGAAAAUUGACGACAUGUACAUUGAGGACAACACGUUUGAGUCAUCGUUAACCAAGGCAAUUCCCGCGCAGUCCACACCGCUGGCUUCGUAUUCGGUUUCUACAGCAACUUCCAAGAGACAAUUGUCACAAUCACUCCAGAAUGCUGCUAGAAGGUCGCAGGCCACUUUGCACGUGAGAAUUACUGCCAACGACGAGAACGCACUCAAAGAGCAGGACGAUUUGGAGAAGAAAAAGGCAAAAUUGUUGCAAAAUGCCAUGCCUUCCUGGCAUUCCGAGAGUACGGUUGGAAAGGAAUCCCUGGGUAAACUGGAAGAGGAUGCUGCAGAAACAUUUGAGCCGGAAUACGCUGCGGACGAGGAUGAAAAGGACGAUAUUAAGGAGGAAGACACAAGUGCUACUACAGAAGCGACUGCCAUCACAUCAACUGGUGGACUCGAGGAUACCGGUGCAGAAGAUGUUUUGGCUGCGUACUAUGCUCAGCUCGCUGAAAGACAGAAGAAAGAAGACGAGGAUGACGAAAAAGAAGGCUUUGAAGACGAUGAGGAAUUUGCAGAUGACGAUUUUGAGGACGUGGACGUGAUGAUGGAGGAUGAGGAGCCAGAAUCAUCGAUUCCGUCUUCUAUGGCGGUCGAGCCUGCAACGUCUGCUAUGAUAGAAGUUGAGGAGUUUGAUGGUGAGAGCGACGAAGAGUGA